UCGCGCUUGAGCGAAAGUAGGAACAAAGCAAAAAAAAAAUGCAAAACCCCAGAACCGGAAGGCAAAACCCCUUGGUGUUGAUUCUUGACGAUGUCCGCCGCCAGGUGUUUGCUGCGCUCCGCCGUCUCCCGAGCUGCCGGUGCGGCAAAUCUGGCUGCCGGAGCUAGAACGAAGCCUGCACGAUCUCCGUUUCGGCUCCCAAAGCAAACCUCAAUCUCCAAUCGCGUUUUCAGGUUACCGGUGGAAGCGAGUUUCUGCGUGGAAUCGAUGCUUCCUUAUCACAGUGCUACUGCUUCUGCAUUGCUGAAUUCGAUGCUCUCUGUGUCUCGCCACUCCUACGGUUGGACCCCUGAAGAUUGUAAUGAUGAUGUAUGACAGAGGGUUCGAGCAAGGUUUUAUGUAGAUGCGCUUAAAAAAAGGGUCGUGAUCAUUUGCUCUUUGGCUUUUAGGCUUGAGGAGUAGCCAUGUAAUGUUUCGUCAUUUCCAUUUUGCCUUGCUUUCCCUGACCUCGAUGGAUUUAUGUUUUGUAUCUAAAUGAUUUACAUUUUAACAUUUACUAUUGUACAUUAGUAUGAUAGUGUAUUGAUUUGAAUUUUCUCAAGUUAUUGUCUUCUUGAAUUCUAGAUGGAUGAUUGCUGUUUGUGGGUGCGGUGCAUCUGCACAUACUUUGUAUGGAUUUCAGUUUACAUUUUUAGGACUGCUUAGAGAUUUUUCUCCUUCGUUGAAUAUGAAACCUCGAAGACAUAUAAAUUGUACAUGCAUCCAGAGCGGGUACCAUGCUUAGGUAUGAUGAUGACUCUUUUAGUA